GUUGGACUUUUUCAUAAACAACACGCUCGAGGUCUUCCGAGAAUUCAGGCUGAUUGAGACUGCACUUAGUUUGGAAAGAAGAUUAAAUGGGGAGGAGACGAUCAUCAUCACCAUCAACACAAAGAAGUGACAAAGAGAAAGAAGACAGGAGAAGAAGUGUAAGAGAAAAAAAGAAAGUAAUCUAUGCUGCGGAUGAAGAAGACAAAAUGGAUUGUAGUAAUGACAGCGAGGAGGAAAAGCAUCACAGCCUUCAUACAUCUGGAAACCGACACAAAGACAAAGAAGACAGGAGAAGAAGUGUAAGAGAAAAAAAGAAAGUCAUCUAUGCUGCGGAUGAAGAAGACGAAAUGGAUUGUAGUAAUGACAGCGAGGAGGAAGAGCAUCACAGCCUUCAUACAUCUGGAAACCGAUUCCUGCCUGUGACGUGUGGAUCCGAGAAGGGCAAACUGGAUGUAGAAAAGUUCGAAAGAGGGGAGGUCUGCAUCGAGUGCGAGGGCUGCUGGUUUUCUCCAGGUUCCUUCGAGCUCCUUUGCGGGAAACAGAGUAAUAAAAACUGGAAAACAAGUAUUCUCCAUGAAGAUAAACCCCUGAAGUUCUGGAUUGAGAAAGGUUGCCUGUCCACAAAGGGGUUCAAGAAAAUAUUCGAAAGAAAAGGGAAGAAAAUGCAGCUGUCAGGUUCUGCGUCAGAGACGACCUAUGAAGAAGACCCAGAAACACAGAUAUCAAAAGAAAGUGAUGCAGAUGAUCCUAAAAAUGGCCGGGGACCUCCAGUCAGCAGAGAGCUGUCCCGGGAAGCAGAAGAGGAAGAAAAGGAUGGAGAAAAUGGCAAAAAAUGGAUGGAUCCUGCAGCCAAGGCCCGUGCACUGAAAAAAGGUCUAAAAGUAGUGAUGAGCAGGCUUCCAUCGAUCAUCACACAUCAGACCGGCUGCAUGACCAGUCCACCCAAAGCAGUCAAACUGUUGGAGACUUUGGAUGAAGAUGCAAACUGUGAAGGAGAGACGGAAAAAGGCAGUGAUGAAGACAAAACCAUGGACUUCACAGAAGCCACGCCAGACAAACCCUCAGACUCGACCAUCGCCAAAGAUGAUAACGAAGGAAACGGAGAAGAGUUCAUGGAAAGUAACGAAAGGGAAAACGGAGAAAGUCGACCCGGAACUGAAACCGCUGUGUCUGAAUCAGUUUCCUCAUCCAUAUCCCCUGAAAACCAAACUGAAGACAAGGGGCCGAUGAGUCCGUCAGCCGGUUCCUCCCCCAAUCCGGUAGUUACGGAGGAAGACAGCGACUUGGCAGAUAAUGAGAAUGAAGGUGCAGAGGUGGAGAUGUCGGACUGUAAACAGGAGAACCAAGCCAAGAGAAAAGAGCGUCUCGACGUGUUGGAGUCCGAGGACACGGAAACAUCUUGUGCAACUGGAAAACGACUGAAGACCUCAAGCGAGUCUACUGAUCAGGACCUUUUCGAGCCCUUGUGCCUACCCAUCUCCCCCGUGUCUGUUCUGGAGGAAUGUCCAUCUGAGGAUGACGCAGACGUCACCAUCUCUGACCUUGAGGCAACGCAGUUACAAGUGACGAUGUCAGACACACGCAGCCCUGCACCAAUCGUAGCCCCAGACUGUAGCCGGCCUUCCCCGGCGAGGCUCUCGUCCAGCUCUGAGGACGACACAAUGGACAUGAAUCAGCUGAAGAAAGAGAUUACGUGUAUGCAACUGAAAGUUUUAAAAUUACAAGAGGAAUAUUAUACUUUGAAGCUCACGAAAAUGAAAAAAAACCAACAAGGCACUGACGCAAACUUAUCAACUUGACCAGAGUUGCAUGAGGAAACGGUCAUACAUACCAUUUUUUUUUUUUCCUUUAGAGUUUCACAAACCCAAGAUAAUUCUAGUUCAUAGUUAAUUUUCUGCAGGGCAGUUUUGCUGUACAUUCCAACAAGACUUUAGAUAGACUUGGAUAUGCCUGUCUCCCUUCUCUGUUUGCCAAUCCUUGAUUGUCUCCUACUGCAGACACAACGAAAGGAGGAUGUCGCAUAUACUUAGGUCAUUUAAAGCAGAAACUCCAUGUAACAGUAGAACUUCUGACCACAUGGGGGCGUAUAAACUGCUUUGUUGAAAAAAGAGCCAAUAAGUACUGUGAAUGGGUACGUCUUAUAAUAUCACUUUGUCGUGGUUCUCUUGGGUUUGUGUUGUUUGCAAAAGGAUUUCAUGUUACAUUUGUUUGAAUGUGUUAUUUUUUUCAGUUCUGAAACAUUUUACGAUUUUCUUUUGAGCCGAUGCGACAUAAGUUGCAUUAAACAGGUUAUUUUGUCUUGUGAUUCCAACUUGUUUAUAGGCUCUUUUUGAAGUGAUUCGUUUUGUAUUUUACACAAAAAGAAACGGUUUCAGGAUUUUAUGUCUUUGAACAUUUUCAUGUUUAUACGCUCAGGCCUCGUUUACUCCUUGUUUAUACUUCCUGUUGUAUUUUGUGAAAAGUGAAAAGUAUUUUUAUUAUGUUUGUUGUUAGGCUGCUCCAUUCAUUUGUUCUGUUUAUGGAAGCAGGGCUGCUUUCCUACCCAACUGUUCUGGGUAGGAAAUUGACAAAGUAAAUGUGGGUUCACAAAUAAAAGGCAUAAAAGUCAAAGAUCCCAAAUCUUUAUUACAAGUUU